UGGCGGUGCGAAGUGGUAGUUUACGAGGUGCACUGAAUACAGCAGAGCGAUCUCGUGAACACUGCAGGGGGCGUUAAGGGAGUGUCAGACAUUUUCUCGGUUGAUAUUCUUGUUCGAAGAAGUGAGUCUCCGUUUUUGUGGUCAGUCUUUCACUGUAGUGGACUGUAUACUGAGCUCUGGACAAAUUGUAGUCCUGUAUUCGUCUGACCAACGCGGGAGACGGACGUUUGUGACAGUUGAAUGGGACAAAACAGUUCACAGGCUGGCAAAAUGACUGCUCCUGUCCGUGCCAUCGUGGUAGGAGGAGGAUGUCGGGGUGAAAUCUACUCCCAGUAUGCGUCUAUUCAUCCCGAACGAAUGAAGGUUGUUGCAGUGGCUGAUCCACGGAAAUUUGCAAGGACCAAACUUCAAAAACAACACAAAAUCGUGGAGGAAAACGUAUUUGAAGACUGGCAGGCUGUAGUUGAAAGAGACAAGUUUGCAGACGCUGUGUUAAUUUGCACCCCAGAUCGCCUCCAUAAGGAACCUGCUGUGGCCUUUGCAAAGAAGGGAUACCAUGUUCUUCUGGAGAAACCAAUGGCAACAACUGUAGAAGACUGCACGGCGAUCGUGGAGGCUUGCAUUCAGAGCGGCGUGAUGCUGUCCGUGGGUCACGUUCUCCGGUACGAUCCAGUCAUCCACAAGAUAAAGAAGCUCAUAGACGCUGGAGUCAUAGGUGAAGUGAUCCAUAUUCAGCACCUGGAACCGGUUGGGUUUUAUCACUUUGCUCACUCGUUUGUUAGAGGGAACUGGAGAAACGAAGCAGAGAGCUCUUUUGCUCUUCUCACUAAAUCUUGCCAUGACAUUGACCUCAUACAUCACUGGGCUGGAGGGCGCAGGUGUGUGAAAGUGUCGUCAUUUGGAUCCGUCAGCCACUUCAAUAAAGACAACAAGCCAGCAGGGGCUGCAGAUCGCUGCCUUAACUGUUCAGUAGAAAAAGACUGCCCGUACUCAGCAUGCAAAAUCUACUUGGACAGUGUGAAGAAGGGUCACACUGGCUGGCCAGUAUCAGUCAUAUGCCCCAAUUCACUCCCAGACAUUGAGUCAGUAACAGAGGCAUUGAAGACUGGACCGUAUGGCCGCUGUGUCUAUGAGUGUGACAAUGACGUCUGCAGUAACCAGGUUGUCAACAUGGAGUUUGAAGGGGGUGUGACGGCAGCCUUUUCCAUGGUGGCAUUCACUGAGGAGAUUUGUAAGCGAAAAACAACCAUUUACGGCAGCAAGGGCGAGCUCUCAUGCAAUGGCCACGAGAUCCAUGUGUUCAACUUCCUGACCCAGAAAUCCAGAAAGCACACAGCAGACUACAACACUACCAGGCAGUUCGGUAUGAGUGGACACGGUGGAGCAGACUACUGCCUUAUGCAUGCCUUCAUUUCUGCUGUGGCAAACAAUGAUCCAUCACUGAUACGGUCUGGUCCUGUGGAGACACUGCAGAGUCAUUUGCUGGUGUUUGAAGCUGAGCGCUCACGGCUAGAGAGCAGAGUGCUGCACUGUGGGGACAUUAAACAGAGCUAAAAAAAAAUACCUACAACAUUUUUUUUAGCAUAUUUUGUUAUAGCUUCUUAAUAAAUCAGUGUAGUAAUACCUAUAUUGUUAGUUAUUGAACAAAACUAUUAAACUUUCUCAUUUGUCAAUUACUAGAUUUAUAUCCACACACUGACAUAUAUAACAAGGACUUUUUUCUAGUGAAGCAAAGAUGUCCUGAGAACGUAUGAUGAUUAAUGACAAUGACACUCACUUCCUAAAAUGAUUACAUAACUGAUUCAUGUCAGAAAAAGAAAUAUUAAUUUCAAGGGACUGCCUGGUUUAAUAAAUGCUAAAUAAAAUCUGUU